AUGGCUGACAAACCCAACCAUACCGCCAUUACACAGCCUACAACACCAGUCGUCUUUGACUCAAUCCGCGCCCGCCAACUUCCUUUUAACAUCUCCAAGAUGCAGUCUUCCCCAUCUGCACCCGUCUCGCAAACAAUGGACCCAAAACACAACAUGACGCCCCCACAAGCGACAACGAUGGCUCGGGACACCAAGAAUGUGUUCGACAUCAGUAACCUCAUGUCUCCCCCCGAGCCGGUACCCUACGACAAUUUCAACCAGAACCAGCAACACAGCAUGUCGAUGUUUCCCGCUUCCCAUCUCGCGCAAGAAGCGACGAAGCCCAGCAUGCCCAUGUCUCCUCCUGUGUCGCCCUAUAUCACAGAGGCAGGCAACGUCCCCACAUCGGGAACAUCUGCAAAGGAUCCAAUCCUGUACCCUCGCGACGAUAACGCUUCUAGCCCAAUUCAGCCGCCUUUGUUCCCAAGCACCGAAUCAAUUGAGCACCGGCGUAUUGUCGAGGAACACAUCGUUGCGCGACCUCCAGGCCUCUUCCGCGAGGGCUCGCCUCCCCAAAGAGAGGACUAUGAACUGGCAUUGCAACUCAAGUCCCAGGUUAUGAGACUGUUUGCAAACAAGAGGAAGUCAUGGUACGAGAAAGAGAGGGAACAGGUCAGGGCAGACCGAAAGCUGAAUCACGCUCGGUGGAAUAGCGUCGUGCGAUAUCAGACAAUCGCCCCUGCAAAGUCUGCCCCUACCAAGGCUACCAAACUCGUCCCGGCCAAAUCCAAGGCUAUUACAUCUGCCAAUCCGAAGCCCGACCGAAUCGUCAAGCCCCAGGCUCCUCGUCCUGUUCGUAGCAGCCCCCCGACUCGUCACAUUCGCCGUGUUAGUGCCACGCCGGACCCUGCUCGUCGUGUCGUUGCACCAAACCGAGAGGAUCGCGACUUCGCAGCUCUGCCCGACUAUUGCCCACCGCUGUCUUCGCUGCCUGACAAGCCAAAUUGCCUCAAGGUGGACUGGAAGGGCGCUCCUAUCGACCUCAGUGAUGAUACCAAUGUUCACUUGCUCCACCCUGACGAGGUCAGCCUUGCUGCCAACCUUCGGCUCGAUUGCGCUACCUACCUCACGAGCAAGCGACGCAUAUUUGUUCGUCGCUUAGAGUGUGCAAGAGUUGGAAAGGAGUUCCGCAAGACAGACGCUCAGCAGGCCUGCAAGAUUGAUGUCAACAAGGCCUCGAAGUUGUGGACGGCUUUCGACAAGGUUAACUGGCUUGAGCUGAAGUGGAUGAGCAAGUUUAUCUGA